AUGCCAGCCCAGCGACCCCGCGCGGCCUUCGAGCCGAUCUCCCCUGACUUGAAUCUUGCACAACUUGUGGAAUCUACGGCGAACUUCGAGUUUGCGGUCAGGAUACCCUGCGAUUCAAUUGACAAUAAUGGAUUGGAGAGCUUUAAUAAGCUUGUUUUGCUUCAUGUAAUUUUGGGUGGAAGGCCUCUGGUUAUUGAAGGGUUCAACAAGAGACUGGACAGCUCCUUAUUUUCUGAGAAAUGGCUGAGGGAACACUAUUCAGCUAAAAUGGAAACCGCACGAGACCUUACGAACAAAUCAAAUAUUCCCCUUUCAAUUGGUCAUUAUCUGAACAACAUGCCCCUUCUUACCAAUCAAUGGACUCCGUACAACUACCAAGAGCCUAAUCGCCAGAGAAUAUACCUAAAAGAUAUUGAUUGCCCCCCGGAAUGGCACGAUCACUUGAAAAAAAAUAUUCCUCCUUCACUCUUCUAUCUCAACGAAUGUCUUGGGGUGACUUCUGCUUCUUCCAACAAAAAUGGCACAGCCUUACCGGUUACCGGAACACAAAUAAUCACAGCAGGGGAUCUCAUGAGCUGCCUACCGCCCCAUAUGCGUGCAGAGAAUCUAAUGUGCUACAUUGGACAUGAAGGAACUUACACGCCAUGCCACCAAGAGAUGUGCGCCAGUCUCGGUCAAAAUCUAAUGGUGGAGGCAUCAGAUGGGUCCAUUGAAAAUGGCAAGCAAACCAAGCAAGGCUCAUCAAUUUGGUUCAUGACUGAAAGUAAAGACCGGCACGUUGUUUCUGAAUACUGGAUGUCUACAUUGGGCCAUGAUAUAGACAUCGAGGAUCAUUUUGCUCAAAUCAAUGCAUUGAAGGGCGCGCCAUUUAAAGUAUAUAUUGUGGAACAAAAGCCAGGUGAUUUUAUCCUCAUACCUCCCCUGGCGGCACAGCAGGUUUGGAACAGAGGAACCAGGACCACUAAAGUGGCAUGGAAUCGUACUACUGUGGAAACACUGGAUAUGGCUUUAAAUGAAGCUCUUCCCCAUGCCAGGAUGGUUUGUCGCGAUGAACAAUACAAAAACAAGGCCAUUGUGUUCUUCGCACUUGAACGAUACUCGGCCCUUUUCUCCCACGUUAAUGAAACCAACAAAGACUACUCCAAUUCCCAACAGCUGCGAAAUGACUUUCAACAUCUGUUUUCCCUAUACACCUAUAUUCUGCUAUCGGAGUGUUUUUCUCGGACUUUACCGGAAGAAAAUAAUGUUGAAUAUUUUAGCUUUGACGGCAACGUGACGUGCUCGUAUUGCAGAUGCAAUAUAUUCAAUAGGUUUUUGACUUGUCCUUCGUGUGUGGGGACGUUGACUUCAGAUGGUGAAGAUACCUAUGAUAUUUGUAUGGAAUGCUACGCGAUGGGAAGAAGCUGUGCUUGCAUUUCCCGACUGAAGUGGGUUGAGCAAUUCCACUGGGGUGAGCUGACAAAGAACCAUGAAAUGUGGAGGCAGAAGAUACUUGAGCUCGACAAUGACCUUAAGGAUCACUUUCAACCUCUGCCGGUGGAACGUGCUCGACUUGGAAAAAAGACACUUGCUGAAAUCUGUCAGGAACAGUUGAUAAUGCGACCAUGGGUUGAUAUCACCAAGCCAGUCACCACAAAAGUCGAGGGAAAGACCAGCGACUCUGAAAACACCACUCCGCCUCGAAAGCGAAGAAAAGUUCGAGCUUCGGCACAGUCUAAGGAAGAUAAUCGGUGCCACAUCUGCAAGUAUACUGAGCCGCCGUGGAAGCUUGCGUCAUGCUCUUACUGCAAGCUGAAUUACUGUUAUGGCAGUCUAUUCAGGGCGUUCAAUAUACUGCCACAGGAUACCAUGGAAAUGUAUCAUUGGAUGUGCCCCAAAUGCCUGAAAAUUUGCAGCUGUGGUGCCUGUCGCAAAAACCCCAAUAUAACACCGUUCGAGCCUACGUGUACACUGCUUGGCCAUGAUACAAGGAAGAUAGCAGACCCACGAAGUGUAGACAGCCUGGUGGAUUUCCGGCACUCUAAUUUGCGAUGGCUAAAGAAUGUUGGCGAUGACGAAGCGGGUCCAUUGAAGAAACGUCUAGAAGCUGAAGAGAGGCGCAAUCAGUCCUUAGUUGAAAAUUGUAUUCAACUCGAAGAAUCACCACAAGUGAAAAGCCAACAACCUACAGACUAUGGAGAGAUACCGGUUGAUCCAGCAUUGGAACAUUUGGAUAAUUCCUUUUUUAUGCCAGACUCGAUCAGCCUUUGA